AAUGGUGAAAAAAAUGGCAAAAUAAAUGGAAAAAAACGUGUUCGGUAUUCGGCCUUCGGCUUUCGGCCAAGUUUUUCAUUAUAUUCGGUUUCGGCUUCGGCCAAGGAUAUUCAUUUCGGUGCAUCCCUAAUUAUUAUUAUUCCAUUUUUUUCAUUUUAUUUUAUUUUUUCUGCCAAUCUACUGCCUACACUCCAGUCCAGUAGGUGGCGGUAAUGCACCUUUAGUUGGUUUGCCAACCGCCAUUAAAACAAAAAGAAGAUGAAGAAGAAGAGGAACGCGCACAUACUCCGAUACAACAGGCGGCGCUGCUGCCCUGAAAUGGUGAACGAGUAACGUGCUUUUCACUCCCGAGGAAGAAUUUUGUAGAGGAACGAUGGGUACACGCUUGAAGGUGCUUCGAACGUUUAAAGCUCUACAUCGAACACGGAUGACUGUGUUUAAAGAUGAUGACCGGGCUUUGACGGCUGCCAGAUUAAAGAUCAAUGAAGAAUUUAAGAAAAACAAAAAUGAAACAUCAAAAGAAAAUAUACAGCAGAUGAUUAAGAUGAGCAGAUCUGUUGAGACAAUCCUGCGGGAAAAUGUCCUACAAGCGGAGCAUGUUGGAGAAAAUAAGCUUGUUCUGCGACCUCGGGAGAGUCUUUUUUUAGAAAACGUACCUUACAGUGACACACCAAGAAAAAAAGCGUAACGCGCAUGGAUUUACAGAUCCCUUCUUCUUUGCUGGACUAAUAAUUUUCUCCAUAAAUCAUUUAAUCACAUGCCUAAUAAUAUGCCUCUCAGAACACAGAGGACAACAUCCAUGGAUCCUGAAGAACAAGCAUCUGUAUUUUUUAAUUUUUUUGAAAUGAUAAAAGUUUAUUUUAAAUUGUGGUAAUAUUAAAAAUCAUUUUCAUGACUAAAUCCUCCUCUGAAACUGCUCUCAAACAAUUGCUUUAAAUUGUGCUCUGCUUUUCAUGCCUCUAUGUGUGACUUAGUUUUAAUCUAAAAUGAGGUGUUAACUACAUUGCCACUUCAGAUGCUUUUUAAAUGUAGGAAAACAUUUACAGAAUAUGCUAUAUCAUAUCAUAGACUGGGUAUCUCCAUACCAUUCGAUAUGUAAACCCAUUUCUGUGAAGGACUGUAGAAGGAUUCCUUUUUCAACUUAAAGCUUGUGUGUAAUGUGGAAAUUUGAGAUUUCUAUGAUCUUUGACAGACCGAAUUAAGAUGAAUUUUUCAUUAUUUAGCAGUAUGAAUUUACAUACAGUGAUUUAUCUAAUAUCACACCAAAUGAUAAUUUAUCCUUCUGAAUAAAUACAAUCUGUUAGCAAACAUCUGAGGCAAAUAGCAUUUUAUUUUUGGAGUACAAUUUUUAUUUAACAGAAUGUGUGAAAAUAUAGUGACAGUGUACCUCCCAAACUGGCUGAUUAAUAUCUAUUUGUAAAUAUUUUUGUUUUCUCUUCUUGUAAGUUUUAAGUGUUGUGUUUAUCUUUGUGAAAUUUAUGCCUGGUGUAAAACAGAUUUUCCAAAACCAGCAGUGCUCAUGUCUGAAACAAUGACCUCGUCUUCUGUAUGUAUGCUGAAUAAAACUGGAAUGGUCUGUUUCAGAAAGCAGUGCUUGUGAGUUAGCCUGAAAAUCUAACUUGAGAUUCACCAAAAGUUUGAAAAUAUAUAUACAGUUCUGUGAAAAAGUAUUUGACCCCAUCUUGAUUUCUUCUGAUUUUGUGUAGAUCUUACACUAAAUAGUUGUAUAAAAACAAAGGCAACCUGAGUUAACAAAAAAUACCGUUUUUAUUUAUUUUUAUUGAAGAAAAAAAAAGUUAUCCAACACCUAUCACCCACGUGAAAAACUAAUUGCUCCCUUAAACUUAAAAUCUGGUUGUGCCAUUAUUAGCAGCAAUAACUGCAGCCAAAUGCUGUCAAUAACUGAUCAGUCUUUUACUGUGGUGGAAUUUUGGCCCACUCUUCUUUGCAGAACUGCUUUAGUUCAGCUACACUGUUUUUGAGCAUGAACUGACUUUUUAAGGCCCUGCCACAGUAUCUUAAUUGGUUCAAGUCAGGACUUUGACUAGGCCAUUCAAAAACUUUAAUUUAGCUUUUCUGAGCCAUUCAGAGGUGGACUAUGCUUUGAAUCAUUGUCUUGUCGAAUAAUCCAUUUGCGCUUCAGUUUCAAUUUACGGACUGAAGACCAGACAUUUUCGGGUAGAGAGCAGAAUUCAUGUUUCCCUCAGUUACUGCAAGUUGCCCAGGCCCUGAAGCAGCAAAGCACACCAUCACAUUUCCACCACCAUGCUUGACAGUAGGUAUGAUGUUCUCUUUGUGGAAUUCUGUGUUUGGUUAACACCAGAUGUAAUGGGGCCGCUGUCUUCCACUUUCGAUUCAUCAAUCCACAGAACAUUCUCCCAAAAUGUUUGAGGAUCAUCAAGGUGUCUUUUGGCAAAAUUCAGACAAGCCUUAAUGUUCUUCUGGGUUAGCAGUGGUUUUC